AUGCGUAGGCCGAAUGACGUCUGCGGCGUAGCCUGCGAGCCCGGGCCGCGCACGCCGCCCCGCGCAUGCGCGCGCCGCAUCGAUCUCGGCUCCCCAUCCACACCCCUCCUCCCCUCACCUUCCUCUCACCUCCAUGACUCCAUCCCGAUCUCCGACACGUGGAAAAGGGUGAUCGCUUGCGCGGGCAGCGAUGACGGAAGGUUGGCGGGAGAGGGGCGGUGCAGCUGCCGCGGUGCCGCCUGCCCUGCCGGUGCAUCUCAUCCCCCCGGGCCCCCCGCGCCCGCGCGGCCCAUUGCCAAGUUCAAUGCCAAGGUCAUGCGCGCCCGAGUGCGACUGCGCGCCGCAAUGCAGGAGCGGCCGGCGGCAGGCGAGCCGUCAGUGCCUCACGGACGACCGCGGAACACGCCGCUUCGCGAUUUUCCGCAGUCGACGCGUCCCACCGGGUCACUUGACUAAGUUCCGCAAUAAAGCCGCUCUGCUCCGCGACAGACGCUCGCU